AUGAGCGAGUUCAGCAGCAUGCAGAUGGAGUACUUUCAAACUCCUGACACUGUGAUAGACCCUAGUUUAUGUGGGCUUGUGACUGAAUCUGACAGAAGGUGCAUCCUGCACAGGCAGAGGGCGGGCAAGUUUGUGGCAUUUGAAGGCACUGACACUGGCAGGAGAUUCAUAGGAUGUGCUACUGAGGAUGGUGUGAACUGUGGUGUUCUGGAGUGGGUAGAUGCCCCCUGGCCUGUAAUUCUGCAAAGGUACUUAAGCAAGCUCUGGGAUAUGUAUCAUGAGCAGAACCUUGGUAGAGCCCAGGAUAAUGAGGCUCAUGGGAUAGAGGUUGCAAAACUGCAGAAGGAGCUUGAUUCUCUGGCCAAUCAGUAUAGCCAGCUGGUGGAUGAUGUGUCCAAGUUGUUUGAUUUUCAGGAUGGAAUCAAAUCUCAUGACAUGGAUUGCACAAGCCAGGCAAUCAAUGAACUGAAGGAGAAGAAGAAGCAACUUGAGGAGCAGGCAAAGAUUGAGCUUCAAAUGGAGAAGCUUAAGCUCAAGAAAGAACAAAGGUGCAUCCUUCAGAGUCAAGCUGAUAUAAUCCAAAACACAAGGAAGGCCAUGAAGGAGCUAGAGGUGGAGAAAGAUCUCCUUAAAGAAGAGAAGAAGAAGCUGGAGAAUGUCAUUGCUGAGCUCCUUAAGGUUGGUCAUGGAUGCAAGGAAAAGCUGGACAAUAUAAAGGAAGUUGUGAUGGAGGAGUGA